UCUGGAAAUGACCAAUAGGGUUUAUGAGAGGUUUUGAAUUCCCUCUUCUCUCUUCCUGUACAUCUCUUAUCCACACUCACACACACACACAAACGCGCAAUUAUUUCAUCAGCUCUGGCUUCCAUAGUCCCAUUCUCCCCGAGCCCCAGAGCUCAAUUUCAGCAACCCCAUAAUUUUUCCUCAUGGAAACCCCAGAAGAACCCCAACUUCAUUUCAAUGUCAACCCCCGAAAUUCCCAGUUUUUCGCAGAGCCCCCAAUUUUCUUCUUCUCCUUUCCCUCAAACCCUCAAGCUCCCAUCCAUCCAUAAUCCCGCCCCUCUUCUUCCACCCCCUAUAUCAGACUGUACUGAUGACAGUUUCCCGGGAAAACCCGAGAAGUUGUCGACUUUACAAGUAAUGCCAAAUGGGUUUCAAUCAAACUUGACGAAAGAGUCGAGUGGCAGGGGUUUUAUUCAAGACCCGCCUUGGAUUUCCUCUCUCUACAUGAAAAGUCUGCUUUUUAGGAGCAAAAAUAGAAGUGAGGUCAAAAUAGAGUUCCAAGAAACCGAGAGGCGCAAGUAUUAUUUACUACGGAGGAGGCAGAUAAAGGCGGAAACGGAGGCAUGGGAGAAUAUGGUGGAGGAGUAUAGAGAAUUGGAGAGGGAAAUGUGUGAGAAAAAAUUGGCGCCAAAUCUGCCUUAUGUGAAGAAAUUGAUUUUGGGUUGGUUUGAACCUUUGAGGGAAGCUAUUGAAAAGGAGCAGAACUCGCAGAGGUCGAAAAAGCAGAAGGCAGCUUUUGCACCUUUUAUUGAUGCAUUGCCGGCGGACAAAAUGGCUGUCAUUGUGAUGCAUAAGAUAAUGAGCCUCUUGAUGAUGGGGGGAAAGGAGGAUAGGUGUGUGCGUGUGGUGGAGGCUGCUGUUCAAAUUGGGGUAGCAAUUGAGCAUGAAGUUAGAAUCCACAACUUCUUGGAGAAAACAAAAAAAUAUCAGAGGAAGGAAACUGUAGCUGAAACUGAAGAAGAUUCAAAAAAGGAAGCUGCGAUUCUGAGAAAACGAGUUAAGAGUUUAAUUAGAAGGAACAGGGUCAUUGAGGUACAAAAGCUGGUGAGAAAUGAAGAAAGUAAAUCAUGGAGUCGAGAUACACAGGCUAAGUUGGGAUGUUGUCUUAUAGAAUUGUUAACACAAAGUGCUUAUGUACAACCUCCAGUCAAUCAGUCAGCUGACAGUCCUCCUGACGUUCGCCCUGCGUUUAGGCACUUCUUCAAGAUUGCACCAAGAGAAUCAGGGCAGAAUGUUGUGAAGAAGUAUGGAGUCAUAGAAUGUGAUCCACUUGUCCUUACUGGGCUUGAUAAAACUGUUAAGCAUAUGAUCAUUCCUUAUGUGCCGAUGUUGGUGCCGCCAAAAAAAUGGAAGGGGUAUGACAAAGGUGGUUACCUGUUUUUACCUUCAUACUUGAUGCGCACUCAUGGGUCACGGAAGCAACAGAAGGCUGUUAAAACUGUCCCUCCAAAACAAAUGCAGAAAGUAUAUGAGGCCCUUGAUACUUUAGGAAACACUAAGUGGAGAGUGAAUAAACGUAUCUUAAGUGUUGUGGAGUGCAUUUGGGCAGCAGGUGGCAACAUUGCUGGUUUGGUAAAUCGUGAAGAUGUUCCAAUACCUGAGUUGCUCUCAGAUGAUGCGAAGGAAGUAAAGAAGUGGAAAUGGAGUGUGAGGAAAGUGAAGAAAAUCAAUCAAGAGAGGCAUUCACAAAGAUGUGACACUGAAUUAAAGCUCAAUGUUGCUCGGAAGAUGAAGGAUGAGGAAGGUUUUUACUAUCCUCACAAUCUUGACUUUCGAGGCCGUGCGUAUCCGAUGCACCCGCAUCUGAAUCAUCUUAGUUCUGAUCUGUGUAGAGGAAUUCUUGAAUUUGCUGAAGGAAGGCCACUGGGAAAGUCUGGAUUACGUUGGUUAAAAAUACAUUUAGCAAAUCUCUAUGGUGGGGGUGUUGAAAAGCUUUCUUAUGAUGGUCGACUCUCAUUUGUGGAAAACAAUAUAGCAGAAAUAUUUGAUUCUGCUGAUAAUUCUCUGAAUGGAAAUCGCUGGUGGUUAAAGGCCGAGGAUCCUUUUCAAUGCUUAGCUGCCUGUAUUAAUCUGGCGGAAGCCUUAAAAAGCUCUUCCCCACACACUGUUAUCUCCCACUUACCAAUUCAUCAGGAUGGGUCGUGCAACGGACUGCAGCAUUAUGCAGCUCUUGGAAGAGAUAGUUUUGAAGCUGCUGCAGUCAACUUAAUAGCUGGAGACAAACCUGCUGAUGUUUACUCAGAAAUUGCAGAGAGGGUUCAUAAUAUCAUGAAGAGAGAUAGUGAGAAGGAUCCUGCAACUGACCCAAGUGCGUUGCUGGCCAAACUCUUAAUCAGUCAGGUUGACAGGAAACUCGUGAAACAGACAGUAAUGACAUCAGUAUAUGGAGUCACCUAUGUUGGUGCACGGGAGCAGAUUAAAAGAAGAUUGGAGGAGAAGGGUCUGAUUACUGACGACAGGCUGCUCUUCAGUGCAGCAUGUUAUGCUGCCAAAGUGACAUUGGCAGCACUUGGGGAGUUAUUUCAAGCUGCACGUGCAAUAAUGGGUUGGCUCGGUGACUGUGCUAAGAUCAUUGCUUCAGAAAAUCAACCUGUAUGUUGGACAACGCCACUUGGUCUUCCUGUCGUACAACCAUACUUCAAAACUCAGCGUCAUGUAAUAAGAACUUCUCUUCAGGUUUUGGCCUUGCAGCGCGAGGGUGAUUCAGUUGAGGUAAGAAAGCAGAGAACUGCUUUCCCUCCAAAUUUUGUGCACUCACUGGAUGGUUCACACAUGAUGAUGACUGCCGUUGCUUGUCGAGAUGCUGGAUUGCGGUUUGCGGGCGUGCACGAUUCAUUCUGGACGCAUGCUUGUGAUGUUGAUAGAAUGAAUCAGAUCCUAAGAGAAAAGUUUGUGGAUUUAUACAGUAUGCCAAUACUUGAAAACCUGCUUGAAAGCUUCCAGACGUCAUAUCCAAUGUUGACCUUCCCCCCUCUGCCAAAUAGAGGAGACUUUGAUCUUGAAAAAGUUAUUGAAUCUCCAUACUUCUUCAACUGAUCCUCCCCAUAAUGCAUCCACUCGACGGACAAUUUUGCUGUGCUCAUCAGAGGGUACCUGUCAGAGGUGCUUGCGAAUGCGCACGGAUUCUACUAGAAGCCAGAUUCAUCUGAGCCUGGACAGCGGCUUUCUUGUUCUUGUACAUGCACUGUAUACAAGUUCAUGGUCUUGGUGCACAUAGCAUCUAUCUGGGGACAUGUUGAAGUCUCAUCUCAUGGUGCGUAACAUAACUAAGCUUCAGCAAUUUCUAGUUGCGAAAGAUGGAGUGAGAACAGAAGCCGAGUACUAAUCCUGAAAUGCUUGUCAAGGCUUUAUCCAUAAGGAGCAUGGAUAUAUCAUAGGGGAUUGUAUAUGCUUUAAAGAAGUCUUUCCCCCAACUUGUUAUCUAUGCACAAGCACAGUAGGGAGCUCAGAAAGGAGAGAGAACAUAAUUUUGGGAAAGAGGUGUUCAGUCUUCAAUGGGCUAACACUGUAACUCUGUCGUGUACAAAUAAGUAGUUUUUAGUUAUUCAAUAUGGUGGAAGGUAUAUAAUACUUUGAUGGCUGUGUAUAUACCAUAUCUUGAAUAAUUGAGCUCUUCUCUUCAAAUGGAAAUACUACAGAAAUUUGAUUGGAUUUUGAUACCCAACUCAUCGAAAUCUUUUGAUCUUUGGA